GCGGGGAGAGAGAGAGUGAGGGCCAUUCAGAGAGGACAUGAAACCAUUUGGAGGAAGAGAGAGAGGGAGUGAAAGAAGAAUUGAAAGAUCUGAGAAAACGAUGCACCUGAAAAGUAGAUGUUGAAGAAAGCGUGCUGAGUUGGAGACUAGCCAUACAUACAUUAGUAAGCCUCCUCUCUCUUCUUAAGCAGUUUUUGGGCUUCAUUGAGCUCUGCAGGUGCUUGCUGUAGUAUCGACCUAUUGGAGCUGUGUAUUGUGUGUGUGUUGCUGCCGUGUUAGUGCACGCGUCCCCCUUGCGAUCCCCUCGUUGGCUGCUAAUAGGAUUUUUAUGGGCCUGUGUCAAGCAGGAUAGAGCUGCCGAGGGGAGGUGCUUCACACAUGCACACAUGUGCGUACACCAACACACACAUACAGACGCAAUUUAAGAAGCUGCCUCACGCGUGUGUAAACACACCACGUACAAGUGCGCACCCCUCAGAGCAGUAACACACACUUGCGAGGGGCCGUUGAGAGACAAUCACUUGUGUUGAUUCUCCAUGGUGCUGGCGACAGCUGGAUAACUGGCCUUCACUGAGAGGCUAUUAAGUUGGGACAAGAUACUCACAGAUAUUGUUUUACAUUAUGGCAAAAACACUACUCAAAGAUGAACUCUUGGAGCAUGUCAUCAUCAGUCUCUGGGAACACAAUGAACAUUGAAGUAGAUUUAAAAAGUGAACUGAUGACAACAUGAUCUACACUGGUGCACUAUAUACAAACUUUUUUCAUCUGCAUUCUACCAUUAACUGGGACACCCCACUUUUCCUCUGCGCCUUCUCUCAUUCUGCUUUCCUUGUGGAUAAAGCCGUUUUUAAAGCAGUUUCGUUUUGGCUGCCUGGUAACGAGUGGAGGACAGACAACCAGACAGAUGGAUGCAGCUCUUAUGCUGAGGGAGACAGACAGAUGGCUGUGUGUCCUUUCAGAGAGAAACUGUGAAUACUGAAACAAAGAGACUUUGAUUGAAUCACUAGAGCCUGUGUGGACUUGCGCGGAUAUAAAAACUGACACUGCAGAUUCAUUAUGGAGCUUGUCCCAAAAACCAAGUACACCCACUUUCGGAGUGAAUCGCUGAGCUCAACCGAUGAAACAAACUCCAAUCCUUCAUCGUUCCCUCCCUCCAGUCCUGCCACCCCCCUCACUCCCUCCCCUGGUUUACCUUCUUCUCUCUCCUCCUCGUCUCUCACUCCCAUCUUGCCCCCCUCUUCUCCCCGCCCGGCUGAGAACAGCCCCACCACCCUCUGCUCCUUCUUCCCCAGGAUGGGAUCCCUUCGUCUGGGUGUCUCUGCCACUCUUCUCCCAGGACUCAAGGCCUCAAGCAGGCCGCAGCAGCCUCAGGCCCCUGUUGAGUCCUCUGGGGACGACAGGAGCAGUUCUGGCUCCUCCCCUCCGCCUCACCACCCGGUUCCCCCUCUAACCGCUCCUUCUCCCCCUCCCCGACCUCCUCUACAGGACAUGAACCGGCUGGGAGUGGCGUCCAGGAGGGCACGGGUGGAAGGAGGGCAGCUGGGAGGAGAUGAGUGGACGCGCCAUGGCUCCUUUGUCAACAAGCCCACCCGUGGCUGGCUGCACUCCGACAACGUGGUCAGCACCACCGGUGUUUCCUACACUGUACGGUACAUGGGUUGCGUGGAGGUGCUGCAGUCCAUGCGAGCGUUGGACUUCAACACCAGAACUCAGGUCACCAGGGAGGCUAUCUCGGUGGUGUGCGAGGCAGUGCCCGGAGCAAAAGGAGCACAGCGCAGGAGAAAGCCUUCGUCUCGCUGUCUGACGUCUAUUCUGGGGAAGAGUAACCUACAGUUUGCUGGCAUGACAAUCAGCCUCACCAUUUCGACCAGCAGCCUCAACCUGCUGGCCGCCGACUGCAAACAGAUAAUCGCCAAUCAUCACAUGCAGUCCAUCUCCUUCGCUUCUGGUGGAGACCCAGAUACGGCUGAGUACGUAGCAUAUGUGGCCAAAGACCCAGUCAACCAGAGAGCAUGUCAUAUCUUGGAGUGUUCAGAGGGUUUAGCCCAGGAAGUCAUCAGCACUAUCGGCCAGGCCUUCGAACUGCGUUUUAAACAGUACCUGAAGAACCCCCCCAAACUUGUCACACCUCAUGACAGAAUGGCGCCAUUUGAUGGCUCUGCAUGGGAGGAGGAGGAUGAUGAGGCUGCCCCACCUCCUGAUGUCCCUUACUAUAAUAAUUUCCCUGGAAAACAGCCUCCCCCUGGUGGACUUGUUGACAUGAGGACCCGCCCAGGAGCCACACUGCCUUACGGACAGUCAGGUCAGAAUGACAUUCACAAGCAUCCUCUGCCGCCUCUGCCAGUGGGUGCCAAAGAUGGGGGACGGGAACUGUUUGAUGACCCUUCAUAUGUCAAUGUGGAUAAACCCCGACCCCCAGUUGCAGCCAAUGGAAACGCUCACAGAGAUGCUUUUGACAUGAAGCCAUUCGAUGAUGCUCUGGGGGUUUCUGGGCAUGGUGGCCCAAGCUCAAUGACAGCAGCACCCCCUCUGGUGGAGCAGUUGCAGUGUGAGGCCUGGUUCCAUGGUAGCUUAAGUCGCAGGGAAGCAGAGAGGCUGCUGACCCGCGAUGGAGACUUCCUGGUGCGGGAGUCUGGGACUACGCCCGGGCAGUAUGUCCUCACAGGACAGCAGGGGGGUCAGCCCAAACACCUGCUACUAGUCGACCCGGAAGGAGUGGUUCGUACAAAAGACCAUCGGUUUGAAAGUGUGAGUCACCUGAUCAGUUACCACAUGGACAACAGACUCCCCAUCGUAUCGGCCGGUAGCGAAGUGUGUCUGCAACAGCCAGUAGAGCGCAGGGUCUGACGUUAAACGCAAAUGAAAAUACUCCACCAAAUAUACACACACCCAUACAGAAAUGCAACACAUCUGUCAAACACACCUUCAUAUGCUACAAUACACAACGCAACACUACACUUAACACAUAUACACACACACACACACACAUCCACAGGAAUACAUAUGCACACCAUCAAAUCAUAGCAAAGAAAGCCAAAAAAUUGAAAAAAUCACCAGUUUCUCUGCAAAAUCACUCACUUGCUGCUGUUGCCACAUAUUCCUGUCCUUUCUGAAAGCCAAACUGUGAACUGCAGUCCCUCCUCGACCCCACCAACCAUCAGGCCAUCCCAUCCCUCCACAACGGAGAAGCACUGCUGCAAUUUCUCAAACAGCCUACUGUGAACCAGGGAGGAGCCCUUUGCUUAUUUCAGGACGGGGCAGAAAACAAAUGCAAUUUUUUUUAAAAGAAAAAAAAACAACAACCUUAACAUGCGAUUAUGAAAAAAAAAAAAAAAAACAUGAACUCUUUACUAAUACUUGGAAUCAUGUACAAAAAAUUGUGGAAAUGAAGAGCGGAAAAGGGGCAUCAAUGGGACGUGCAUUCGAGCAUACGUCCUUAAAUUAGGGGAAGUGAUUUCCCUCCUCUGACUGUUGCUGGAGCAUAUUAGGCAAAACACAAACUGGAAGGCAAUUGUUCUUUGAUUCAGAGACUGAACCAGGCUCAAACAUAAACUCUCCCUUCAGGUGUGACUGGAGCCCCUCAGUAGCAAACCUGACUUUGAGAUCAUUCUGCCUGGUGAAUAUGCAUUAACUUGUUUGCUUCCAAUCUAACCCGGAGGGCCAGCAUACCCCCAACCACUCCCCUCUUAAAGACUUUUGAACUUUGACCCCUGGAGUGAUACCUGGUGAUGAGAAAAGCCUGUAUGCAAACCUGGGACUGCUAUGCCAAUGACCAUCAUUUAUGUUCUCCUUCUUCUUCUUCUUUUUUUUUUUAACGCAGGUUUCUGUAGUUAAUCUUUGGACUCAUUACUUAUCGGACAUUAUGAGUUCAGGAGGGUCUAUACAGCUGUAUCUCCCUAAUCCCUCUGCAAACACAGAUACACAUACACCUUGACACCACACAGUCUGCACCACCUGUCAUGCCAAAGAACAUGAACUUGGUUGCUAACAGUAGAGGAAACCAUGCCGAUUAUCAACAGUUACCAUCUUGUGUGCAUUGGGAGGUAGUUUUAGAUAAAAGGAAACUUUUAUUACAAAUGGGUCUGUUUUAGAGGGGAGAAAAAUCUUUUGUUAUUGUGCCUGAACACAUCAUCAAAAAGGAGAUUUCAAAGUAAACUCUGUAAUGAUGUCACCCACAAACACAAUAACUAGUACAUUGUGAGAAGCAUAGACCAAAUCAUUUGGACCUAUCGCUUUUCUUUAGUAUGUGUUUGCAUUGACAAUCUAUGGGCCAUAUCUACUUAUUAGAUAUUUUGACGGAAAGUAAACAAGCGUAAUUCAAGGAGACCCCCUUUAAACAGUGGCCAAUGAGAAAUGUUGAACAGUCUAAGCAAUGAAUUUCCCUCUGCAAAAAAUGAUGCAAAGUGCAUCGCAGUGACUGGUUAAGUAGUUUUAGUGUAUUGUGAUGUUGCUUUAUUCUUAAUCACUUGAGGGAAUAAUGUCCUUUUCUAAAACCUUGAAUCAAAUGAAGUGGGUUGGGGGGGCGGGCAACUGAACAUAAAGAUAUAAGUGUUUUUGGAGGAUUGCUAUUAACUAUAAGAUGUUAAGCCAAAUGUUGCUCCUCCAUGUACUGUUUUCACAAAUGUUUGAGGACAUGGAGGGAGAAGCUCACACUAUCGUUUCCUCUUCCUCCUCCCUCAGUUCAUGAUGUUGUUUUUUUAAUAUCUUUUUGAUCGUGCCUUGUUUCUUCAAUGCAGUCACGUCACUUCAAUGCAGUCACCUUAUGUACUUAAUUCAAAUGUAGUCAGCUACAGGAGAAUCCUACACAAGCCUCUCAGUUAAACAAAGACUCUGCAAAAAUGACACUUCAAUCAACACACACAAACAGAUCCAGUGAUGGCAAUCUCCUCUGAUGCACAUUCUUGCAUUCAGCUUAGAGUCACAGAUACUUGAUGUCACCAUUGGGCAGGAUAUUAACCAUGUGUUUGCCAUCUGUAAAUAACAUCAAUUUUUUUGACUGGUAAGCUUAGUAUCUGAAUCCUUGUUUUCAUGGUUGUAUAUUUAAAGACUUAUUUGAUAAGUGAUACAGAGAGGACACCACAGCACUGAGGUAGCUUUUACAGUCAGUUUGUGAGAUUGAGGCCAAACUCUAGAUAUAUGAGAAGGGAUCUUUCAAGCUAAAGCUUAACUGUCAACUAGUUCUCACACCCUGAAGUGGGCUCAUAUGUAAUCUAACAUCCACAAAAACACAUAGCAGAGUGGCAGCUGGGUUAGUCAGACACUCACACCCUGGCUGUUCAGGUGUUUGUAGGUCAGAGAUAGGAAAAGCAGAGCUUUAAGAUCUGCCAUUACUGUGUGUGCCUGCGUGUGUGUGUGCCUGCGUGUGUGUGUGCCUGCGUGUGUGUGUGUGUGUGUGUGUGUGUGUGUGUGUGUGUGUGUGCGCGCUGAGACAAACCCACCUGACCCUCUGCAUCAUUAGUGAACCGUUCCUGUGUUAUCAUAGUUCAUCACAGUUGCCUUUGUUGCAUGAAAAUCCUUUCAAAAAAAUGUGUUUGUUUGGUGGUGGUGAUAUUGUGGAUGAUGUUGUACUUUUGAAUUUGUGUUUUUAAAAGCCAAAGGUUACUUUCAAACUGCGUGCACAGAUAUUGAUUUAUACUUUAUAUGUUUCUGUUUUAAUACUUGUUUUUUGUUUUUAGGGAAACAUGUCUGUUUACACCUGUAUCUGAAAAUAU